AUGUUGACCAUCCGCUCUCCCUUGACCGUCCUCGCAGUCGUCCUCAGCCUGCUGAGCGUCGUCCAAGGCGCGCCGCAGAAUAGGAAAGGAAAUGGGAACAGAGGCGGCGGCGGCGGCGGCGGCGGCGGCGGCGGCGGCGGGAAUGGAAACGGUCGCACCAACAGGCAGACCGCGCAGCAGCAGGCCGCGCAGGUGCCCCAAGGGAUCUCGCAAGCGGCCGACGGGUCCAUGAUUCUCGACAUGACGGCGAACGUCAAUGGCCUCGACCUUCGGUUCAAGAUUAGCGGCCCAGCCGAGCAGUUCACUGCAGCAAGCGGUGUCCCCGGCGCCGCCGCCCAGCCCGGGGCCCAGGGCACCCUCGGCCUCAACGUCCUCCUCCACGGCGAUGGCGGCCAGUCUUUCUUCGACAUGCCCAACCAGGGCGUGCAGCAGAACCUCGCCGGCGUUGCCGUCCUCGCGCCGGACCCGAAUCUCUUCUGGGGAGGCGGCCAAGGACUCCGGCGCACCGACGGCGUCGCCCACUCCCAGGCUGUCAACGACCUCGUCCAGAAGACCCUCCCGCAAAUGAUGGCUUUCAACCAGUCCAACGUCUUCUUCACCGGCGUCUCGGGCGGCUCACUGAUGCUCUCGGGCUUCUUCAUGCCCGCCCACAUGCAGAACUUUGCCGGCAAUGGUGUGCUUCUCAACUGCGGCGGCCUCGAGCCCCAGGUCCCCGUCCAGGACCCCCAGGCAAUCGCUGGCACCCGCAUCCACUUCCAGAGUACCCUCAAGGAGCUCUCGGACCUACAGGAGGCUAUUCCGGCCUCCAUUAAGGCCUACGAGAAGAUCGCCACGGACGCCGGCCUGAGCACCGACCAGGUCAACGCCAAGCAGACGGUCAACAACUCGCCCAACGGCGGCCACUGCGCUUUUGACGAGCAGGGCUUCGUGUCGGGCAUCCAGCUGGUCGCCAACAACUACGCUACCAUCAUGCAAGGCGGCAACGGCGAGGUCCAGGGCAUCGGGAACGUCUUGACGGGCGUCUCUGGCAACGAGAACUUGCAGUUUACGGGCUCAAACCGGGCGAGGCGCGGCAUAAUUGGCUGA